UAAUUUUGUUGUGAACUGUCAAUGUAAAAACAAAUUAGAAUUAUCCAGAAACUAUCCGUUGUAUUAUUUAUGAAACUUUAUUGAAGAAAAAUUAGUGAAUUUAAGUGAAAUAUUUAUCUUGAAAGAAAAUGGUCGAUUACAGCAAGUGGAAAAAUAUUGAGAUUUCAGACGAUGAGGAUGAAACACAUCCAAAUAUCGAUACCGCAUCAUUGUUUCGAUGGCGACAUCAGGCUCGUAUCGAACGUAUGGAAGAACACAAACGAGAAAUUGAGGAAUUAGAAAAACAGAAAAAGUUGCAAGAGAAGAAGAAAGCUGAAAUAAAAACAAAAUUAUAUGAAAAAGCAAAUGAUCCUGAAAUACAAGAUACUUUAAAGAAACUUGAACUCGAGGAACAACAGUUAAAGGAAAAGGAAGAGGAAAUUAAAAAGAAAGAAAAAGUAAUGCCAUGGAAUGUAGAUACAAUUGCUACCGAGGGCUUCACGAAGACUGUAAUUAAUAAGAAAGAUCCAUUACCAGACGAGGAAAAUUUAACCGAUGAACAACGUGAAGCAAAUUUAAAGAAAUUUAUUAAAGAUAAUGAGAAAUUAUUGAAGAAAUUUGGUAUGUUGCGUCGAUAUGAAGAUUCACAAGCUUUUUUGCAAGAACAUGGUCAAUUGGUUUGCGAAAAUACGGCUAAUUAUCUAGUGAUAUGGUGUAUUAAUUUAGAAAUGGAAGAGAAACACGAAUUAAUGGGUCAUGUGGCGCAUCAAACAAUUUGUAUGCAAUACAUAUUGGAAUUGUCGAAACAAUUAAAAAUCCAUCCACGCGCAUGUGUAGGUAGUUUUUUUACUCGCAUUAAAAUUGCUGAACCCGAAUACAAAGCAUCAUUCGAUGAUGAAUUAAGGCAAUUUAAACAACGUAUACAACGACGUGCCCAAGAAAAAAUCAAAGAAGCAUUAGCUGAAGCUGAAGAAGAAGAACGUAAAGCACGUUUAGGUCCUGGGGGUUUGGAUCCAGUCGAAGUAUUCGAAACGUUACCACCUGAAUUACAGCAAUGUUUUGAAUCAAAGGAUAUUCAAUUAUUACAAGAGACAAUUGCCAAAAUGGAUGAAGAACAAGCUCGCUAUCACAUGAAACGUUGUGUUGAUUCUGGUUUAUGGUUACCGGAUGCGAAUAAAGCAAAGGAAGAGGAAAAUGCUGCUGGUCCAGAGACUGAAAAAACAACAUCAGAUAAAACAACUGAAUCGUAAAAAUUUUUUAUCAAUAAAAUUUAUUGUUUGCUUAUUAUUACUG